AUGUACACAAAUCCGUUCAAUCGCAAGCACAGCACAAUUCGGCAAGUUUUGGACCGUUUCUUCGACCCGAAGAAACCAAUCAGAAGAUCUGAGAGCGUGUCCAGCUCUGGAAGUGCCAGCUCCAAGAGCAGCUCCAGUUCUUUUGGCUCCAGUUCCUCCAAUUCAAGUUCUUCAAGCCGCAGAAUUUUCCAAUGGACCAAAAAAUGA